GGGUUUGUGGGAGGAUUUUGGGGAAUUUGGGGGUCCUGGGGGGCAUUUUGGGGUGGCCCGGAAGGGAACGGGGGGGUCCAGGUGGGGUUGGGCUCCUGGAAGGGAAUUCGGGUUCGCAUUUGGGAUUUUGAGAAGAAUUCGAGCCCGAAUUGAGGAGGGGUCUCCAUUCUUUGGGACCCCUCCCCACAGGAGCAGGACGAGACCACCACCAUGUUGGCCGAUUUCAUCGACUGCCCCCCCGACGACGAGAAAACCUCCGAGACCCCUCUGGGGCGCGCUGCGCCCGGAGCAGUCGAGUCUCUUCGGCGCCGCGUGACGUCACAAAAGCGCGCCAAGAAGACGCGGCCGCCAUUUCGGCUCCGUGAGGGUGAAGCCGCCGCGAUGAAGCCGCCGCGGCGGCCCCGCCUGAUCCCGGCGCGGUUCGCGCGGCUCCCGCCGAGCCCCGAGCGGCCGCAGCGGGGCUCGUGGGCGCUGCAGGAGAAGCGGGCGCUGCUGGAGGCGCUGCGGGCCGAGGCUCAGCGCGGCCUCCCCGAGCCGCGGAUGGCGGCGCUGAGGGAGCGGCUGCCCCGCAAGAGCGAGGAGGAGAUCCGGGCGAUGCUGGUGCGGCUGCGGGGCCGGGCGGCUCGGGAGGCGCUGAGCUCCAAAUUCCGGAACUUUCUGCAAUUCCAGAGCAGGAUCCGCGCCCCCAUCCAGGUUUGGGGGGGUUUGGGGAAUUUGGGGGAUCCUGAGCUGGGAAUUUGGGAAGCUGAUUUUGGGGUUCCAGGGGUGAUUUUUUUGGUGACGCUGGCGGCCACGGAGCCCCUGACCCUCGAGCACUCCAGACCCCCCCAAAAUUUGGGAACCCCCGCAAAUUUGGGGCCUUCCCAAAAUUCGGGGACCCCCCCGGAGGUGGAGACCCCCCAAAAUUCGGGGUCACCCCAAAAUCCCGGGGGGUGGGAGGUGGAUUUUGGGAGGAUUUACGAGUUCCUGGCGCGGAUCAGCGCAGGGGGGAAGGAGCCCCCCCUGAGCCCCGCAGAGGCCGCGGUGGUUCUGUCCUUGCUGGGAGCGCUGCCGGCCGAACUGGGAGCGCUGGGAGCGCUGGGGGGGCUCCAGCGGCACCUGCGGGGGCUCUGGGGGUCCCUGAGCGCCCCCCGCACCCCGGGGGAGCCCCCCCAGAGCCCCGAGCCCGCCCAGUGCCCCCCCCUGAACCCCUUACUGGUGCCGCUGGGGUUACUGGGACGGGCGGGCUGAGGGGGACGGACCAAAAUUCCCGAUUUGGGGGGGAUCCCAAAUUCCCUCUGCGCAUUCCCAGGUUUUGGGGGAGGGGGAGAAAAUAAAUGUUUGGAUUUUCCCAA